GAACUCUGCCUCGUUCACUCCUCAUCCGGCGCGCGUCCGACUCACUUUGGAACCGUCAGGGAAUCCCGUGUGUUCGGUCUCUCUCUCUCUUUCUCACACUCACGCACCUCACACCAUCCACCCAUCCCGACAAUGUCUGGACUCGCGGAUCCCGUGGCGUUCGCCAAGGAUUUUGUGGCCGGUGGUGUGGCCGCGGCGAUAUCAAAGACCACCGUCGCGCCCAUCGAGCGAGUCAAAUUGUUGCUGCAGGUGCAACACAUCUCGAAGCAGAUCUCCGAGGAACAGCGUUACAAGGGUAUGGUCGACUGCUUCGUACGGAUCCCAAAGGAACAAGGUUUUCUAAGUUACUGGCGUGGUAACUUUGCGAACGUUAUUAGAUAUUUCCCAACGCAAGCUUUGAACUUCGCGUUCAAAGACAAAUACAAGCAAGUUUUCCUCGGCGGCGUCGACAAAAAUACACAAUUUUUACGCUACUUCUUGGGAAAUCUCGCGUCUGGCGGUGCAGCCGGAGCCACAUCGCUUUGUUUUGUAUACCCUCUUGACUUUGCCAGAACUAGGUUGGCUGCCGACGUUGGCAAAGCGGGUGGUGAACGUGAGUUUACCGGCUUAGGAAAUUGUAUCGGUAAAAUUUUCAAGUCCGACGGUAUGGUCGGUUUGUAUCGUGGCUUCGGUGUAUCGGUACAGGGCAUCAUUAUUUAUCGUGCGUCCUAUUUUGGCUUCUAUGACACCGCUCGUGGAAUGCUGCCAGACCCCAAGAAGACUCCGUUCCUUGUCUCAUGGGGUAUUGCUCAGGUUGUAACCACCGUUGCGGGCAUUGUGUCCUAUCCCUUCGACACGGUACGAAGGCGAAUGAUGAUGCAGUCUGGCCGAGCCAAGACCGACAUUCUAUACAAAAACACUCUUCACUGUUGGGCCACUAUUUACAAGUCGGAAGGUGGCAAUGCCUUCUUCAAAGGCGCGUUCUCCAACGUUCUUCGCGGUACUGGUGGUGCGCUCGUACUGGUUCUGUACGAUGAGAUCAAAAAUCUUCUUUAAAACGUCUCUAAAACAAAUUCUCGUCUCAUUACAUCUCACCAUCAAGAAUACCGUCAUUAUUAUUCACCAUUCGGUUUGAUAGCGAUUCCCACGGAUCGACAGACAGAAGACUUUUCCUGUCGAUUAAAGAUACGAGUAAUUCAAGGGGAUGUAGCAGCUCGUUAAGUGCAUGAAACUCGGCAAAUAAAAAAGUUGUAAACGUAAAAACAAAAAAACAAAAAAAAAAAAAA